AUACCUUAAUGUCAGGAGUAGACGCGCAGUAGGAUCUCUAUGUCGGGCGAAGAGACCGUGGUCUUUUAACGACAGCUCACUAGAGCGAGCUGGGUCCGGGCUGACAGCAGGCUCGAGGGAUGACAAACCAUGAAAUCUGUCAGUUGGCAUUUAAUUAACCAGAACCAGAACCUCGACCUACUUCCGGGUCACGUGAUGGACGCAUCAGGCGGGGAGUCAACGCACCGACCGUAACUAACCCAGUACAGGCGCAGUGAGACAGGAGGCUGGCCUGGGUUCGGUAGCGGGCGGCUCACAUGAACACAUGAACAUGACCGCAGAGCUGCUGCUGCUGCUGAUCCAGCCGAGCAGGUGCCGAGUCAGAGCGGCACACCGGGCCUAGCGGCUCUGCGAGGGGAACCACGGCUCCACCGGGAGACCUGCUGUGAUCCGUUGUCUCUGGGUGUGUUAUACAGUGAGUGGGUCCGUGUACCGAUCCGUUCCGUUCCGGUAGGUUGUCGCCGGUGUGCUCAUGAUGUAGGCCGGUAAUCCUGCUGGAGGACGCAGCGGUGGGAUUCACAUUUCCACACCGGUAGAGAAAACAAAGCGACAGAGUCGAAGGCGAGAGAAAGAGGCUUCUGUAAUUCAUGUGCCGGUUAACGUCUGCUAGGCAAGAUGAGUACAGACAGACCCAAACGGAACAUCAUCAAAAAGAAAUAUGACAUCAGCGACGGGAUGCCGUGGUGUGAAGAACGUCUGGUCCGGAAAGUUCUGUUCCUCUCGCUCAGGGAAUUCAGAGACACACACCGCGCCACGCACAAACACUCACACAUACACACACGGGCACGCAAACGCACGCCGAAAAAUACGCUCUUACAGCAAAAGACACAGACGCUACCUAAAACACACACGCAGAAAAACCCACGCACAAGACAGAGCGUGCACGCACCACAACAACGAGUCACACACAGACACACGCAGAAAAACACACAAAACGUGCACAUUUCAAAACAGCUACGCGCUCAUGAACACGCCAGCAAAGGGCAAAAACCCUCUCAGGACUCGCACACACCAAAAAAUAAAUGCACUCACACACUACACAACACGCAAUCAAAAACGUGUGCAGGGAAAAAGACACACACUGUACAGCAUACACACUUACAAGAAAACACACACACGUUUCAGAAGAGUUCAGUAUCGACCAGGACGCUACGCUCACAUAAAACACACAACACACUGCCGCUGCUCAACUCCAGAUACACAGAAACUACAAAACACACACACACUACUCAGCACAAACACUCAGUGAAGAACAGCUGCACGCCUGAAAACACACCGACGCUGCUGAGCCCUCCCGUCCCGGCCAGGACGCUGCGGUCACACACUCCCACAAGCCUCAGCGGCUCCCUGGUUAACGGCAUGAGCCGGUGUCAGUCCCUCCUGUCAGCGAGCUGGAGCUGGUCCUUACAGCGCCGCCUUGCGAGCAUCCAUCGCCACAAGGACGACCCCGCCAACAAGAGACCAAGGCUGCAAGCGCAGAGGAAGUUUGCCCAGUCCCCUCCCAGCUCUCCAGGGCCGCAAGGGUCAAUGACACCAGCGCAAAGUAACCACGCCCACAACCUGGCCGUGGUCACCUGUCUGACGAGACGCAGACCCAAGACUGAGGACUUCCUGUCUUUCCUCUGUCUGAGAGGUUCGGCAGCGUUGCCUAGCAACAUGGCCUUCUUAGCGAGCGGACGAGCGAAGGAGCCAGCUGGCACUCGGCAUCUUACUUCCUGUCUUUCCACCAAUCACAGGACUGCAGCUGAGAGGAAGAACAUGAGCAUAUUCAGGAGAACAACCGCGCAGCGAGACUCUCGGUCCGUGAGAGGGAGACCCGGAGGCUCGGCGGCGGUCAGCUCCUUCUGCCCUCUAACCGCCCGGGCUCAGAGGAGGAGGGAGAGAGAGAGGAGAGAAGAGGAGCAGCAGAGGAGGAGGAGGAGAGAGGGAGUUGAGAGACACCUCCUGAGGCCUCGCCAGCUCCCCCUACAGGGCAAGAGGACUAACAAGGUUGCCGUGGUGACUGGACGCUCUGAACAAAGAAGCUCCUCUGUCAGGUCAGUUCCUACCUUAAAGCCUAGCACGGGGGCGGGCAGCAGACGCUCCCCCAGACCCUGCACCAGGCCCAGCAAUACCUGUAAACCCAGAGUCCAGGAACACAACAACAACAACAAGCACCUCUCCCGGCACAGCAAACACCAGCUGCCUCGCAAUCACCACCCGACUAACUACUAUAGCAACACCAAGACCUUCAGUAGUCCCCCGAACUCAGGAAGACAUCCAAGCAGGACUCAAAUACCAUUGACUAACGGCUCGGCCAUCAGACCGCCGAGUGAGAAGCCCGGGGUGCUGAGGUUGUCCAGGAGAAGGAGAGGCCUCCCGCCAGACACCAGCCCUAAUCCCCCUCUGAACCGGCUCCUUUCAGACAACAACUCAUCAAAGAAGUGCAGGACGGUGCAAUACAACGACGAUGUCCCACUGGAGGGAGACGGCCAUACUGGGGAGAUCCCACAGAGGGAGGUAAAAGAUGUUAGUGGGGAGUAUGUGAGCGGUGAAGACGGAUGUGGAGAGACGAGACUAGAGAAGAACAGUGAGGACCUACAGGACAAGUUAACCUCUGCCCUGGAGCCCAACCUCACCGACAUCAUCACAAACUAUGACCUCAGCCCCGUCACCGAGGUCAUCUGCAGACACGUGAGAGAGAAAAGGCUCAAGAGAAACCAGCUCGCUUCAUCCACGACCCCAGCCAUCACCCGGACUACUAGUUCCAGAGCUGCUAGGACUACUGUAACUAAAGCUGCUAUCAACUCAGUGACAUCUACACGCUCUGACCCACCAGCCACUUAUUCUGCCAGGAACACUGCUAAGGGUGCUAACAAGGGUACUAGCAAGGAUAUUACCAAGUGUACUUCACCAGCCAGCAGUUACUCUACCCAUAAUUCCAAAGGUGCUGCAAAAGACGCUUCCAAGGGUACCACAGAGGACUCGACAAAGGACAGUGCACCUGUCAGUAGCUAUUCCAGCACUUCCAAGGGCUCUACGAAGGGCCUUACCCAUACCAAGUCUACUACCUCAGCCAUUAAGACCAGGACCAGCCCCAGAAUCCUCCUGAAGCGCUAACAAACACCUGGAAACAGAUAUUGAGAAUUGAAGAGCAAAAUAUUAGAUCCUGUUGAGCAUGACGAUGGCUGGUUGGAUAGUGACGUAUUGACUGUGCUGAGGUCACACAGCAUAACGGCAGACACGCUGUAUAAUGGACUGUAUAGUGAAAAGUUUUCGGAUGCUUCCCCGCUGUAUCUGAAACAAUAGCUUGGUAUUUUUGUAUUGUUCACAUGAAAAAGGAACUGAUUUUUUUUUAUCAAAGCACAUGGUUUAACUUCUGCCGUACAGUUUUCAGUAGCGUACCUACAGAAAGCGGCGACGUGCCGUUGCUGGUCAGGUGACAAUACAGGCCUGCCGUUUUAUUUAAACAGGAAUAAUCUGUUCAGGAUCGAUAACAUAACACUUCAAAUCCUCAGCGGAAUUAAAGGAUAAGUUCAAAUUUUUUCAAAUCUCCCUUAAAAAGGACAUUUCAUGCUCAUUUUCAGCUUCAUACUUGUAUUUAGGGUUUCUACUAGAACAUGUUUACAUGCUUUAAUGUUCAAAAAACACAUUAUUUUUCUCAUCCUGUUGUCUGAAUACACCUGCAUUCACUCUCUGUCAUGCUCUGAAUCUGCAUUAGGGAAGGUUAUGUUAAUGGAACAAUAGGAAAUAUUCAAUGUACAUGUGGGUAUUGUUUUAAGACUGACUUGAAAAAAAUGUGAACCUAUCCUUUAAGAAGCCAGCGGCACGUAAGCACAACGGAAACAUUUGAUUAACACAUGGACUCUGACCUCCAUUAUGGCCACCAGAACCAGCUGUAACAUCUACUGGUCUGUUCAAUGGACACAGAUUGUUUAGAUACAUGCGAAGUAUACAAGAACAAGAC